AUGUUUCAACGCAUUUUAGAGAAUAUCUUAUCAGGGCUGAAAGGUGUCUUCAAUUACUUAGACGAUCUUCUCAUUUUUGGACGCACACUGGAAGAACACGAUGCUAAUCUUAAAGCAGUCCUUCAACGCUUAUCAGAUGUUGGUUUCGUAAUCAACCCUGGAAAAUGCCAGUUUCGAAGAAAUGAAGUAACUUUCCAUGGACACAUCAUCAGCAAUAAUUCUAUUCGUCCAAUGCUUGACAAGGUACGUGCAAUUAAGGAGUUCCGUGCACCACGAACAGCAGAAGAACUGCGAAGUUUCAUAGGGAUGGUGUCCUACCUGGGCCGUUUUAUUCCUCACUUCUCCACAGAAUUUGAUGUACUUCAGAAAGUAGCUCGUCAUAAUCCGUUCAAGUGGACAGCAGAAGCGGAUCAAACAUUCAUUCACGUACAAUCUUUGCUUUCUGAAGAUACUUAUCUCAGUUUGUUCGAUCCUGAAUUGCCAACAAUUGUUAUGGCAGAUGCAAGUCCAGUAGGUCUUGGCUUAGUCCUACUACAAAGAAAGAAUGAUCAAUUUCGAGUGAUAUGUUAUGUCAGCCGUUCUCUGUCUCCAAUUGAACGACGGUACUCUCAAACGGAGAAAGAAGCUUUAGCUCUGGUAUUUGCAGUGGAAAGGUUAAAAAUGUAUUUAGUUGGUCGUGAAUUCGACCUGGUUACGGAUCAUAAACCGUUACAAACCAUUUUUGGUUCGAGGUCAAAACCGUGUGCAAGACUAGAACGGUGGCUUUUGCGAAUUCAAGGUUACAAAUACAGAAUUAUACAUGUACCAGGCAAGAACAAUAUUGCGGAUCCAUUGUCACGCUUAGUUCCACCUACAAAUAUCGUAACAGAAAAUGAUAUGUACGAGAAGAAUUUAGUAAUGGUUGUACACAGUUUAGUUCCAAGAGCUAUUACCUUGAAAGAGAUUCGUACUGCAUUAGGAGCAGAUGAAAUUUUGAAGUCUGUUUGUGAAAGCCUUCGUUCAAAUCGACGAGUCACUGAGAAGCCAUAUUCUGCAUUAGUCGAAGAAUUAUGCAUUGUCAACAACAUUCUUCUACGGGGUUCUCGCAUUGUCAUUCCAGCAUUACUACGGAGACAGGUAUUAGAGAAUGCACAUGAAGGUCAUCCAGGUAUUAUAAAGAUGAAGGAACGCCUCAGAAGCAAGGUGUGGUGGCCUGGGAUUGAUAGGGAAGCAGAUACAUUUGUUCGCACCUGCGACGAGUGUCAGAAGGUUGGUAAGUCAAUCACUUUGCAAGAGAUGUCUCGUCGUACUCUCCCUGAUGGACCUUGGCAGGACUUAGCCAUUGAUUUUAAAUCAUUGCCAUCAAACAAACACUUAUGUGUUGUAGUAGAUUACUUCAGCAAAUUCAUCGAGUGCAAGGUCAUGAAGAAGACCACAGCUGAAGCCACGACGGCAUUCCAGGAAGAAGUUUUUGCGAGGUUUGGCUAUUGUUAUUCAAUAACAUCCGACAAUGGUCCUCCUUUCAAUUCUGAAGAGUUUUCAAAUUUCUGUAAAGAGUUAGGUAUCAUUCAUUACAACACUCCACCUUAUUGGGCUCAAGCCAAUGGAGAGGUAGAAAGGCAAAAUCGCAGUAUUAACAAGAUAAUCAAAAUUGCUAUGCUGAAAGAUAAAAACUACAAGCGGGAGUUAAACAAUUAUCUCCUGAUGUAUCAUUCAACUCCUCAUUCUGUAACUGGUAUUAGUCCGGCAGAACUCAUGUUCAAUCGCAAACUUCGAGACAAAAUUCCAACGAUGAGAGAACGGAUCGAAGUUCCUGGUGUUCGAGAACGUGAUGCAUACCAAAAGGCGUUGUCAUCUGAAAGACUCAAAUAUGACUCAGUUCCUGACAAAGCAUUUGAAGUUGGAGACGAAGUUUUGGUGAAAAGACCUUUUAGUCAUCUUAAAUCCGAUUCCAAGUUUGAAGGGGAUACAGGAACAGUUACAUCAGUAGAUGGUCCAUUGGUCUCGGUUAAUACACCUACGCGUUCAAUUCAACGUCAUAAAAAUCAAGUGGAAUGGUAUGAUCAUCGUCCAACUGAGAAGUUAAGAGAGGAUACAUUACCUGAAGCGAUCAAAAGUGGAGAAGGUUCACCACCUGCAGCAGUUUCGUCACGUCCAGUUCGCAAUAAGCAGAAACCAGUUUGGCAGAAAGAUUAUGAUUUGUCAUAA